AAAGAAUAUGUACGUAGCGAGUUGACUUUAAAUUCGGGAAACUCGAGAUCAUUAUGGAAAACAAUUAACAAAUGUUUACCUCGUAAAUCAUGUUCUUCUACACACGAGUUAAACUCUGUAAAGUUGGCGAACACAUUUAACGAAUAUUUUACCUCCCUUGGAAGUUCCAUUGCUGCUGAAACUUGUGGGAUUGCGACCGAUUUUAACUUGGAAGCAACUUGUCCACAACGCUCUACAACCCCUCCGGAAACGCAGUUUUGUUUUCGUGAAGUCUCCGAAACAGAAGUCGCAAAUGUGGUAUCAAACUUACCUGCCAAUAAAGCUGCUGGUCCUGACAAAUUACCAGCUAGAGUGAUAAAAGAUGGCCUGUCUGUUAUUCUGUCUACGAUAACCAGUAUGAUAAACUGCUCUUUUACCACCAGCAACUUUCCACAGGAAUGGAAAAUCGCAGAGGUCAUCCCUAUCCCCAAGUUAGGAGAUAAAGAGUUAGCAUGUAAUAACCGCCCAAUUUCAUUGUUGCCAGUUAUGUCUAAAAUCUGCGAAAGGCUGGCUCACGGUCAAUACAAUAACUUCCUAUGUUCCGAAGGUAAACUCUCUGCGCAUCAAAAUGGAAACAGGAAAUUACAUUCAACUGAAACAGCCUUACUCAAAGUUACUGACGAUAUUUUGAAAGCAAUGGACGAAAAAUUGAUUACCAUUAUGGUCCUAAUUGAUUUUUCGAAAGCCUUCGAUAGCAUCAAUCAUGAAACUCUAUUAAAUAAAUUAUGGAAUAUUGGAAUGGCUCCAAGUGCUUUGAAAUGGUUUUCCAGCUACUUGACAAAUAGAUCUCAAAAAGUACGUUUGGGAGAGUUUCUAUCGCAACGACUCCCACUAUCUCACGGAGUACCCCAAGGAUCUAUUUUGGGACCUUUAAUGUUUACUGUGUAUGUCAACGACCUACCAUCGUCAGUUGUUAACUGUAAGCCGGAGUGUUAUGUUGACGAUAGCAAGCUUUACGUUAGUUUUGUUUUACAUGACCUGGUUUCAGCUAUAGGCCAAAUCAACAAAGAUCUUGACCAGUUAUGUUCUUGGUGCUGUGGCAACUCCCUCCUAAUCAACCCUGAGAAAACUAAAGUUCUCGCCUUUGGUACUCGUCAGCGCCUACAACAGCUACCAGGUUUCUCCAUUAAACUUCUGUCCAAACAAAUCGAACCUACUCGUGUUGCUAAAGAUCUUGGCAUUCACUUGGAUUCAUGUCUUUCGUAUACACAUCAUGUUGAUAAAACAGUAUCUUCGUGCAUGUACUCAUUAUUCCAAAUAAAUCGCGUCAAACACCUUUUAGAUCGAAAGACCCUUUUACUUGUUAUACACUCUUUAGUUUUUAGUAGAUUAUUCUACUGUUCUUCCGUAUGGAGCAACACUUCUAAAGAAAAUGUAAAUAAGUUGCAACUUGUACAAAACUUUGCUGCUCGUAUUGUUGUUGGUUUACGGAAAUAUGAUCAUGUUUCUCCUGCCCUGAAAGAACUCAAAUGGCUGAAUAUUACAGACCAAUUGUAUCUCCGAGAUGCAGUGCUUGUUUUUAAAUCGCUACACCAUCUGACUCCAUAUUAUCUGUCAGAAAAAUUUAAAAGAAAUUCCGAGGUGCAUUCCAGAGUCACGAGGAAUGUUAAUGACUUACACUUGCCACUUUGUCGCCUUGUUACGGGACAGCGAACGUUUAGUUUCAGAGGGGCAAAAUUGUGGAACUCGCUACCGCCGGAGAUUAAAUCCGAACAGUCAUUGAAGUCUUUUAAACAUAAACUUCACAAACACUUUCUGACUUCUUAA